ACUCCUAAUCUCCCAUUCUUCACGCUAGGUUCAACGACGUGUCGACACGCGCAACCACUACGCCCGCACCUCUCCCAAGGGCGACCCCUCCCGUCGACCAGCUGCUGUCGCCUGUCUCGAGGCACCACCCACCGCCAACUCGCCUUCUGCCCAACCAUCUGCACAUCUCCCGUCGUUCAUGCAGCCUGCGCAUUGCUAGUCAACCCAGAGCACCAAACAAGCAAACGCAUUGCGGGCUCUGUGCCCUUCGCCAGACCCUGUGUCUAUCGAUAGUCUUCAUUCUUCGUCCACCAGCGACACUUGUCGCGCGCCUCUCGCUACUAUCACAUCAACCUGUCCGCAGCCAUGUCGCACCCUGAUGACAAGGUCUCCAUGGACUACGGUCCCGCCCGCAACCGCUUCCCGACGCUCUUUGAGGUGUUGAGCCGCAAGACGGUCGCACCUCUGGACCUCUUCUCCUUUUACAUCUACAUGCGAGAUCAGCAGCGAUCGGUCGACUACCUAGACUUCUGGCUCGAUGUCUCACAGCACCUGCAGCUAUGCCGCCUUUAUGUCCGUAGAUUACAUCGCAGUAUGAUUGAGGGAACACCCGAUCUGGACAACAACCGGUAUUCAACUUUCGCCAUGGACAAUGGCGGAGAAGGUCCAUCCAAUGAAAAGGGCGACAACAUGUCCGACCAGCGAUUGUCCGCCUUCCUUCGGUCCGAACGUGGAAGUCCCAACCAUUCACCGCAGCACAGCCAAGGUAGCAACCAGACUGGCGACUUUCAAAGACCGAGCCCGUAUGUGUCCGAGACACCCGGUGAUUCGAACUCGCCUGGCCACAACUCAUCUAUCGACAACACGCAGCCAGGGAGAGAGGAUCUGCGUGCAUCAGCAGAGAAGAUUCUCUACACAUAUCUGCUUCCAGGCUCAGAACGAGAGAUUAUCAUUCCACAGAGCAUUUUGUCCGAUGUUCAAGAAGCGAUCGAAGGACCGGAGCAGCGUGCGGAUCCUGAGCUCUUUGACCAGGCUAAAGACUAUGUCUUCCAAGCGAUGGAGCGCGACGCCUACCCUGGGUUCCUGCAGAACAAGGGCCUCGGCAACCUUGUGCCUCAGAGCAUGAUGGUGCGCCUCAUUGUGGGAUUGAUUAGCUUCUUCGCAGCCAUGUGGACUUCGUUCAUUCUCAUCUUUCUGGACAAGUCAAGAGCUACACGGUGCUGGAUCAUUCUUCCCUUCACCAUUGCUAUAUACCUGAUAUUCACCCACCAGUACAUGCUCGACCCCAUCAUUGCCCUUGCGGGUUACAGCGAGUAUACUUUCUUCGAUUUCAACAAGAUCAGGGAACCAUUUGUGAAGAAGACACUCGCAAGACGCUCCCUGACGGUUCUGCUCAUGUUCUUGGUGGUCACAGUAGCUCUGUGCUGCCUCUUCAUCUUCGUUCCAGGUAAGCGCCUGUGAUUUAUGACGGCCAAGUAGUCGUCUGGUUUUACUUUCGAAUGUGUAAUGUUUUUGCUUCCAUUCUUUGACGUUUUCAUCUGCAUGAAAUGGCUGCGGUAUCGGAGGCGGCCUGAAAGGGAUGAUAUGCAGAUGUACGUCAAGUGGGCGAUGGAUAAGAUACCCCCUCGCUCCGUCGAUACACGACCUAUAGCAGGACUUCCUUUUGUUUAUUUGGUUUGAAGCUUGUUUUUGAUGUCUUCUGGUUAUGGACAGCCAGUCUCCAGGUAGAGAGCAUGGCGUUCUGGAGUUAGCACCAGGCAUUCAGUUAGCAAGCUCAAUGGAUAUGCAACAUUCGUAACAACG